CACUUCUCCAUGCUCUGUGACACGUGCGGUAGUUUAUACUUUCUGGCCGGUCACGGUCUGUUUCUGUUUGCAUGCUUGAUAGUAACCUCCAUUGAACAGGUUUGGGUUUUAUUAAUUAACUAGAUAGAUAAGUUAGGCAACUGACAUAUAAAAGCUUGAAGAAUAACAGGCCCCAGAAGCGACACAUACCGGGGAGACGAAUUAGAAGUCUUUUUUUAUUUAUUGAAGGCCAGGAACAAGGAGCAUGACAAAGAGCGAGAAACGUGAUGGGAGGAGGAAGGAAAAAUCCAAAUCCAAAUCCAAAUCCGUUGAAUUGGCGGACAGGGAGGCCUGUUGUCAGGAAGACGACCAAAACAGAACUUUAAAGACAAAGAAGAGGAAGCCAUGCACCGAAACCGAGGAGACUCCAGGAUCUGGCCCUGUGGUUAAAGUGAAAAAGAGACCUUCUCAGUCAGAGUUGGCAGAAGUGAAGAACAAGAAAAAAUCAAAAAAGGAGCAAGUAGAGGAGCAUACAGAAAAGAAACAGAAGAAAAGGAAGAAGAAAAGCUGUAAAUCUGAGGAACCACCUCAGGAUGCAUCUGCCAGCGCGGGAGAAGAGCCGGAGGAGGAGGACGAGGAUGCCGAAGAGGCCCUGGGUCCGGAGGAGAGACGCGCCCUGGAGAGGAAGCUGAAGAAGAUGCGGAAGCAGGAGGAGAAGAGCAGACUGAAGGCAGAGGGGCAGGACCCGGAGAAGGCCGAGGCCACCAAGCCCUCAGCCGGCCAACUGGCUCUGGACUACCUCACAUGCUGGUCGGAGAAGCGUGAAGACUGGAGGUUCCAGAAGACCAGACAGACCUGGCUCCUUCAGCACAUGUUCGACAGAGAGAAGGUCCCAGACGGGAGCUUCUCCGCGCUGCUGCCCUACCUGGAGGGGCUGCGGGGCGUGGCGCGGGACACCACGGUGCAGAAGGCCGAGGCGCUGGUGCGCCAGCUGGAGGGGCAGGGGGCAGAGGAGCAGGAGGCCCAGCUCCGGGCACACAGAGCGAGGGAGGUCAUCCAGAUGCUGUCCUGAACCAGCGCUGACCCACACACACACUCAGGAAUACCCAAUCACGACUGUCAGUCUUCACUGUGGGACGUGACAAGAAGGAGUCCAUCCAAUCAAGUACAAGGACAACUCUUAACCCUGUUUUUAUGCAAUAGCAGCUCACGUCCUGGUUGUGGGAAGCCUGUCAAUGUGUGAUGUUGCUCUCCUUGUGAUGUUUCUCUCCUUUUGCUUUCCCCCUGCUGGGACAGAUUCCUUUCAUUUCACACGUUGAUUUGUGGUGUUAUUCACUAGCUCGCUGGCCUUUACAGCAAAGCUGUUUGAUAUAACGAGUCAAUGAAACAUGUCAAAUGGUCCAUGUGUAUCUGUUAUUUUCUCGCCGCAGAGUGGUUAGGUUCUCAUGAGCUACAAAUUGAAGUGAACCAGAUGCAGUGCUUCUCUGAGGUUCGUCGAAACCGUAGAACUAAUGGGCAACAGGAAUGACAUCCAGAAAAAUAAGCCCCGUUCUGCUUUUCAUCACUGCAGCCUGCAGCCAGCUGCGUUCGACAGAGAUGUGAUCUGACGAGAUGUAAUCUGAGCAUGCCAUGCAAGCUGAACAAGUAAACAGUUGACAUUGAAUAAACGUUUUAAAUUUUG